AUGAGACAGUUUUUGAUGGCGACAAUCGUCUUUGUCUGCUUGGCAGCCAGACUGAUACCCCCAGACCUCUGACUUGCAUGCUUGACAACCCCACUGCAAACACUUGCAAUGGUGCUGGGCAUUUCAGCAAACAAAGUGAUACCCCAGAAGACCUAACAGGCGCAUGUAGCAACAAUAGUGUGAGCCCUAGAGUGGAUGCUUUUCUCUCAAGCAGCCCACAGUCCCCUUCUGAUGACCAGAUAAGCACCCCCGAGUGCCAGCCAGUUGCUCUGCCUAACGCAGCUAAAAACCAUGGGUUUACCCCUAGUGACGUGUGCCCUCCUAGACAGCCUAGCGAUCAUGUUCUCCCACACAGCCAUCAGCCUGCCCCAGUUUCUCCUGGGGCUAGCAUCACACCUGUCCAGGAGAUCAGGUGUCCAGCGUGCGGGUGGACAUGGCACCAGGAACCUACAGAGACGUGGGAAGGGCAAAGCCUGGCAUGGACAGCGUCUGGCAGAAAGCUGGAGAGGAAGGAACACUUUCAGAGAGAUACCCCACCAGGCUCGGAGGUCCGCAGAGGGAGACGGCGAGGAGACCAAAGCCUUCAGACAGCCGCCAGGCAGCACAAACAGCUCUCACAUUCCCGCUGCAGGCGAAGUGACCAGCCGGCCCCCCCGGAGAGCGAGCUGGCCCCACCCGAACCCGCGGGCACUCAGUCCGACAGCGCCAUCCAAAACCAGGAGCUUGUGGGCAAGGAGAGGCUGUUCUACGGGGCACACGUUGGCAGGGAGACCCGCAACGUGGAGUUCAAGCGUGGCGGAGGGGAGUACCUGAAGAAGGGGUUCCACCAGCACCUCCGGAAGUACGCCUGCGCCUUCCUGAACGGGGGAGGGGGCAGCCUGCUGGUGGGCGUGGACGACGCGGGCGUGGUGCGGGGCGUGCGCUGCGACCCCCGGCAGGAGGACCGCCUGCGGCUGCUGGUCGACGCCAGCUACCGCCUGGGCUUCGUGCCCGUGGUGCGGCCCGGCGCCCCCUCGCGGCUCUCCCUGCGGGUGCUGCGGCUCCGCCUGUGCCCGCCGCCGGCCCCGGCCCCGCCGGUGCUGUACCAGACGGACCGGGGCCAGGUCUUCCUGCGGCGGGACGGCAGCGUGCAGGGGCCCCUGCCCGCCAGCGCCAUCCAGGAGUGGUGCCGACAGGGGUGGAGUGUGGAGGUGGGGAGGCUGCAGCACUGUGUGGAGACCCUGCUGAUGGAGAAGCAGCGGCUGCACCAGGAGAUCCAGGAGCAGAGCAGGGCCAUCGCCUUACUGCUGAAAGGACCGAGGGGAGUUCGGGGACUCAAGGAGAGGAUUGGGGAGAGGCUGAGGUGGAGGCAGAAAGGGCCAGGGUUCUCCGAAAGACCUGCCUCCUACUCAGAUCAGGGGGACCGGAAGGGAUGACUGGGAUCUGGGGAACCUGGCGUCUCUUUCAGCU